GCUGGACUUAAUAUUUGUGUCCGCCUCCCAUCUGUUUCCCUGCACAUUCUGCAAAGUUGGGAGAGGGUGAAGGACAUCAGGGCUUCUUGGGGGGAAAAAAGGGAUCUAAGCAGCUAGGCCGACAAAUAUCCAUAUCGACUACAAGGACACCACAGCCUCGACCCAGGCACAGACCCGACAAUGGCGGCCCUCGCCCCCGAACACACACACCGCCUCGUCGAGGAGAUCCUGCAGUCCCCGCCCGUCGACGUCAACACGCCCUACGAUCCCUCCACCCUCGCGGGCAGCACCAUCCUGAUCACGGGCGGCGCGUCGGGCAUCGGGGCGGCGCUGGCGCGGCGCUGGGCGCGGCUCGGCGCCUUUGUCGCCAUCGGCGACCUCGACGCCGUGGCCGGCGAGGCCCUCGUCGCGGAACUCCGGACCUCGGCCGGCGGCGAUGAUAACCAGCAGCAGCAGCAGCAGCACCGGCACUUUUUCCAGCGCUGCGACGUGACCGACUGGCAAAGCCAGGUCGCGCUCUUCCGGGCCGCGGCGCGCGCCAGCCCCACGGGCGGCAUCGACGCCGUGGUGCCGGCGGCCGGCAUCGCCGAGCUGACGUCGACGGCGUCGGGGCGCGGGUUCGAGAACCCAUCCCCAGCGCUUGGCGGCGACGACGAUGACGACGGCGCACCUGCUGCACCCCCACCGCCGCCGUCGCUGGCCGUCGUCGACGUCAACCUCACGGGCGUGCUGUACUCUGUACACCUGGCGCUGUACUGGCUGGCCCGCAACAACAAAAACAACAACAACAGCGACGGGGACCGCGACAACCGCGACCGGCACAUCCUGCUCAUCGGGUCCGCCUCGGGCGUGUUCCCGCUCCCGGGCCAGCCGCUCUACUGCGCGGCCAAGCACGCACUGACGGGCCUGUUCCGGACCCUCCGCUGCACCGCGUGGCGGCACGGCGACGGCGUGCGCGUCAACAUGCUCUGCCCUUACUUCAUCGACACGCCGCUGAUCCCCGCGGGCGGCAUGUCGCUGCUCGCGGGCGCGGGCAUGGCGUCGCUGCCCGACGUCGUCGAGGCCGCCACGCGCCUGGCCGCCGACCGCGCCGUCCGGGGCCGCGCCCUCGUCGUCGGCCCGCGCAUAAAGGUGCUGGACGGCGGCGAGGCCGUCGAGUACGUGGACGGCGACGGCGACGGCGACGAAGCGGACGGGCGGCGGGGCGGGUAUAUUAGGCAGAACGGAGGAGGAGGAGCGGGAGGAGGGCAGGCAGUGUGGGAGUGCUACGCGCACGACUACGACAGUGUCGAGGCGUUUGUGUGGCGGUACACGCGCCUGCUCAACACCAUCGAGCGCAUCAGGGGGUGGACCGGCUGGGUCAGGGAUAUGGUUUAUAUACUGUUCUACAGGAACAAUCCGAAGAGGAAGGGCGGGAAUGACGCGAAAAAGCAGAGGUGAGGGUUUGCGCCCUGAGCCUGGGGGGAACGGGAAAUCAUCGAGGUAGGGAGUAGGGGGCGGGUGCGAGUAAUGUUACGGCGCUGCGGGUAUUUGCGAAUAGCGUAGCGGAGCACUACUCGUAGCAAAGGAAAAUUAAGAAGAAGUUGAUUUAGGGGACUGGAGGAAGAGAAAGGUUUUGGUUUGGGAAGGAAUGGGCUGCUGGUGUUUGUAAAGGGGACGGAGAUGAUCCGGACCGCUAGGCGAGAGAAUUGACCAUUUUCCG